AUGGCCACCUCUACGCGCCAGCCGUUUGCCGAGCUUGGCUCGUCACGUCUCCAGGUACUCCAGAGCGCGAAGAACAGGCAAAAUGCUCUUACGCCAAACUUCGCGUCUCAGCAGGGCCUGAAGUCAAUUCCUACGCCGUCGACGGGUAAGCGCCAGCGCGCACCCGAGAUCUUCGAAGAUGCCGAUUCCGAGAACAUGGACCCGUCCAUCUUCAACAGCCCAACCAAGAAGUCCAAGACAGCCAGCCACAGCGAUGCAGGAUACAUCAAGCCGGCCAACUUCUCCAUCUUCACUUCGGCGGCCAAGCCCAGUGCCAGCAGCCUCAAUGCGACGCCUUCCGUCCCGUCUGUGCGCAAAGCACUUUCGUCACCCAACACUGCCAAGUCAACACCCAUCUCCACCAGCCGCGGCUCACCUAAGAACAAGCGUCUCCAUGCUGUUUCAAAGCGUCGCGCAUCUAGCUCGCCCUUCCGACGCGUCGACCCCCCAUCCUUCACACAGAGCAGCCCCAGCCUACCCUUCUCCAUCGACGCGGCACUCAGCGGCUCCAUCUCGACUUACACACCCAAGGCCCCCACCGUAGCCGCCACGCCUGUUUCAGCACCCGCCCCGCAGACCCCAAUCGUCGAUGACAGCAUGCCCAAGAGCUGGUUCUUCGAGAUCCACGAGGACACACCCGAGCAGGAAGCCGCAAACCUUAUGGAGCACUCCGCAUCUGUUCUCGACAUUUCAUCCGACGAUGACGCAAAGACCAAGGCCAGCAACGAGGACCGCGGCAAGGAGAACGUCCCACCACCAGACUUCCUCGCUCAGCAAACUCGCAAGCGCAACCACGCUUCGUCUUUUGACGACGGCUACGAGACUGAUAUCCUAGCCGAUAUGCCUGUCAAGCAACCUCGUCUUCGCAAGUUUGUCCAAGAUGCCAUGGAUGAGGACCGGAGGCCACUGGGUGACCUUGCACCAAGUGAAUUCUAUGCCGAAGGCUGUGACGCUACCUCGUACGUCACUGUCGAUGCUGGAAUCGAGAAGCCCUCGCGUCUGUCAAACGUAUUCGAUGCUAGCUGUGUGACGCCGGAGAAGAAGAAGAGUGUCGUUGUUGAAGACGUACCUGCUGCUGUUGAGGAAGAGACAACAUUAGCCGAAGAGGUCGCUGCUGCUCCUGCUGCUGUCGAAGUACCCGCUGUCGAGACUGUCGUCGAGACUACAUCACAGACUGAGGUACCUGCCGCCGCAUCAUGA